AUGAGCGGGCGGAGUGUGACGCCCAUUCUUGAGAAGAACGGCGAUGUGUACAUCACCGGCAGCACCGUUGUGCGACACAAAAUCUUUGGUGGCCGUGAGUGCGACGUCUUCCCCGACGCGUACGACACACAACUAGUGCUCUCCGCCAAGAGUCUGUACAAACUGAGGCAGCGCCACCCACCACCACCACCACCACCACCACCACCAGCAGCAGCAGCAGCAGCAGCAGGAAAUGGGGAACAACAUCACAAAGAGGAGGGAGGUAGAGUUCCUGCUGCUGCUGCACUGCCGCCACCGCCGGAGUUGGCGUGGCGUGAGAGCCUCGGUGUCAUUCGUGCGGUGGUGCCGCUGCGUGAUCACCCGAGUCGUGCAUGGGCGGCGGGGCUUAAUGAAGUCUUCAGCAACUGCCACGGCUUUGCCAUCGAAUACUUCAGCGUGCACAAGGAGGGGCCGAAGCCAGCGGCGCAGCAGACUGUGUUGCAGCGCUACAUGAAGGAGGUGCAGUGCCUCUGCGUGGGCGAUGUGUUCACGGAUGUGCAGCUCACCACGCAAGGCGGCGGCAGUGGCGGGCUUCGGGUGCGAGAGUUCCAUGUCGGCCUCACGCGACCGCCGUCAAACAUGCCGGAUGCCACCAGCGACGAAGGGUCGUUGUUCCUGCAGCAGGACUGGUGCCACGCGUUCCGCGUGGCGCGCAUGAACUACUGGCAUGAGCGGCUUGAGGACCACCUCAUUGAGGAGCCGGAGAUAUUUCAGUACCAAGUCUUCGCAAUGGAAUUCAGAGACUCCUCUCCUGCUGCAAAUCCAACUAGCAGGAACAAGGCGAAACCGCUCCUCUGCCAGCUUGCUCUCUCGACGGAGCGGCUGUACGUUGUUCCCCGGUACGAGGCGAAGUUGCUGUCAACGGAGCUGCCGCUGCACCACCCGGAGAUGCUCUCACGGUGGAUGACUGUCGCCGCACUGCAGUCCGCCUCAAUCAAUCAGCAUACCGGCGUUGUAGUGUGCGUUGGGCGGCAGCAGCAGCAGAAACAGAAGCAGCACGAUAAGGCUGCGCGCCGAGGUGCGUCGCAUCUGGACCCUUUGGAUGGCGGUGCAACGGUAACGCUCAGGCUCGGCUUCUUCAACGUGGCGGAGGCGGAGGAGGCGAUGCUGGAGAUUCAACGCGUGUGGGAGCUGACUCACCGACAUGAAGACUUCCCACUUGCGUGA